GACUAUGUGCAAUGCUUCUCGUGAUGCGAGCAAACACGCUUUGCUGGGUUGAAUGUUUAGUAUACUUAACAGUUCCGCUUUAGAGUGCACUUCCUGAAAGUUAGCAUGUGUUGUGUAAAGAUUUAAAAGAAAGUUACAAUGAGUGUUAAGACUGUGAUCUGUGUCUUAUGGGCAGUAAGUGUGGGUCAGACUGCAGGAAGCCAGCAUGGUCCAAACAUAAUCAUCAUGCUUAUGGAUGAUAUGGGCUGGGGUGAUUUGGGAGUAUUUGGGGAGCCCUCCAAGGAAACUCCAAACUUGGAUCUGAUGGCUGCUCAGGGGAUGCUGUUUCCAAACUUCUACACUGCCAACCCUCUGUGUUCCCCCUGUAUGUGCUGCUUCUGGGCUUGCCUUUAUCUCUCUAUCACUAUGUCUUUGUUCGGGAUAUUAGCAUACUGCUGCCUACUGCACAUUACUGUAUGCUGUGGGAAGACACUGUGUGAUUUGUCUUGUAGUUAUGGCGAUGCGGUGAUGGAACUGGAUGACAGCAUCGGUCAGAUUCUGGCUCACCUGGUCAGUCUGGGAAUCCACAACAACACAUUGGUGUUCUUCACCUCGGAUAAUGGGGCAGCAGUGAUGUCUGGACCGCAUCAAAGCGGGAGCAACGGGCCGUUCCUCUGUGGGAAGGAGACUACGUUUGAAGGCGGGAUGAGGGAACCAGCCAUUGCCUGGUGGCCUGGACGGAUCCCUGCUGGCACAGUGAGUCAUCAGUUGGCCAGUGUGAUGGAUCUCUUCAGCACAAGUCUUUCUGUGGCUGGUGUUCUUCCCCCUGAUGACAGAGUCAUUGAUGGUCUCGAUUUAAGUCCUGUCCUGAUUAACAACUCACUGCUUGACAGACCCAUCUUCUAUUAUCGUGGCAACCAGAUGAUGGCAGUGCGGAUCGGGCAAUACAAGGUGCACUAUUGGACUUGGAGCAACUCAUGGGAGGAAUUCAACACGGGUAUAAACUUCUGUCCUGGUCAGGAGGUUCCUGGUGUUACCACACACACGCAAGAGGAACACACCAUGCAACCACUCAUCUUCCACUUGGGACAGGACCCUGGGGAGAGAUACCCAAUCAGUGUCCAGUCUGAGGAGUACCAGGAUGUUCAUAGACAGGUGACUGCAGUAGUGGAGCAGCAUCAGAAGGAUUUGAUCCCUGGAAUGCCGCAGCUCAACAUGUGUGACCUGGCUGUCAUGAACUGGAGUCCUCCUGGCUGUGAGCAGUUGGGCAAAUGUCUUAAACCCCCGGAGUCAAAUCCAUGGAAGUGUGUCUGGCCACAUUAAUUUAGUUUUCCAUAAGAACAUUUAUUAAGACAACUCUCACAAUCAGAUUAAAUUUGAAGGAUCUGAAGGAAAUUAUAUUGUAUUCUUUUCUGUAUUGUUACUUUUAGCAUUUUAAGUGUUUAAUGUAUUGUUGUACACAGAAAAGGG